CGUACGAUAGUAUUCAGUAUUGCAUUGAAGCUUGAAAGCUCUAAGUUGAAAAAGUCGGACAGAUUAGUACCUGGUUCAAUCGUUCAAACCUUUUCAUUACCCAUCAAAUGUGAAGAUUUAUUUUUCAAUUUUUCAGACAUACCUAUCAUUCUAAUUAAGCGUGAAUCGUGAUUCGUGUUUGGGUGAUAUUGGUAUGCAAUUUUAAACUGUGCUCUAAGAGCUUAGAAAGCUCUUAUUUUUAUCGCUAGCUGAUUACGAUAAAAUUUAUUGCGGAGGUGAACGAAGAAAUUCGAGUAUUCGAUGUUAUGUAUAAACAUUUUUAAGCAUUCUAUCGAUGCUUUCAAACCUCGAUAUUCUUUUGGAGUUCGCCGGAAUUAUUCAUCAUUGUACUCAGUGUCGAAGAAGUGUUACGUUCAUUUACUCAUUUUUAAAUUAUUAACGCGCUCUGUGAUGUCUUCCACCAAAGGUACGAAAUUAGCUCUUAUCCAGUUGCUGAGUGUCGACGAUAAAGAGUCUAAUAUCAAGAAUGCCAUUAAAAUGAUUGAAACGGCUAAAAAUAAUUCGGCGGAUAUCGCGAUACUGCCGGAAUGUUUCAAUUCUCCGUACGGAACAAAGUUUUUUCCGAAAUAUGCUGAAUCGAUACCGGAUGGUGCAACUUCACAAGCUCUAUCGGAAUGCGCUCGUAAAAACAAUAUUUUCGUAGUCGGUGGCACAAUACCUGAAAAAGACGGCGAUAAAUUGUAUAAUACGUGCACUGUUUGGAAUUCAAAGGGUAAACUCGUGGCGAAACAUCGUAAAAUUCAUUUAUUCGACAUCGAUAUACCCGGCAAAAUCACCUUCAAGGAAUCAGAUGCAUUGAGUCCGGGUAAUAAUUACACGAUUUUCGAAACGGAUAAAUUGAAAAUAGGCGUAGGCAUAUGUUAUGACGUUAGGUUUCCCGAAUUAGGCAAUAUCUAUCGAAAUGAAGGGUGUAAUUUACUGAUAUACCCUGGGUCAUUCAAUGACGUUACUGGACCUUUACAUUGGGCACUAUUAUUACGAGCUAGAGCCGUAGAUAAUCAGGUAUACGUCACAGGAGUAGCUCCGGCACGAAACGAAAACGCAGAGUACAAAUCGUACGGGCAUACAAUGUUCGUUAAUCCAUUAGGACAAGUAGAGUCAGAAACUGAAUAUCAAGAAGGAAUAUUAUACGGCUACGUGGAUACAGACAAAAUUACCGAAACGAGACAGAACAUUCCAAUUUUGAAGCAGCGAAGAACCGAUUUAUACGAUGUAACAUAUCCUCGUUUAUAAUGUUUCAUUGAACAUUAAAUUAUGCGCAUUUCGUUAUAUUAA